AUGCUAUCGCAGGGGGAGAUACUAAGAAAUCCGUCCAGAACAAGGCUUCAAAGGCCUCCCAAAAGUACAUCGGAAAACAAAGGAUGGUGGUAUAAGAUGACUAUAUUUCUAACAUGUUUAAUUCCGAAUUUUAUGUUGAGAUGCUUUGGAAUGACAACGCCGGAGAUUCAACAUGCAUGGAGAGAAAAGGUAGCUUUAUGCAUUUGUAUAUUUUUCUGUUGGAUCGUAUUAGCCUUUAUGACCUAUGGAAUGAACACUAUUGUUUGCAGAGGAAAUACACAAUAUGUUGCAUCAAAACUUAAGGUGGAUGGAUUUAACAGAAACAUUGUAAUAGCAAAUGGAGGGCUCUAUUAUACAGAUGACGAAUAUACAAUUGGGGAGAACUACACACAUGUGUUUGAAAAAGAGAGUGAUGCAUGCAAGCUUGCAUUUGGAAGACAGCUUCCCAGCGGUUCAGAGGAUAUCGAAGACCUAGAGAGAAUAAACGAUAUCUAUUGGGAGUGGGGGGAUAUAAUGAAGAAGGGAAUGGUAGUUGUCAACAACAAAGUUUACGACCCAUCACAUUGUUCUGAGCCUUUAUUUGAAGAAUUUAACCGUAAGUAUGCAGGGACGGAAGGAAAACCUGAUUUCGAUAUGGACGAAUGGAAGUGCUAUCAAGACAUGUUUUAUGCAGGGAAGAUUGCUACAAAAACACCGGGAUGCCUUCUUGCCGACACAGUAUUCUGGAUCACAACUGUCUCCAUCUUUGGACUGAUAAUUACAAAGUUCUCCCUAGGAUUUUUCUACUCUUGGUAUGUGAAGAGGAAACCAAGACCUAGUCCAAAUGUAACUCCCUGUAUACUGCUGGUAACAUGCUACAGCGAAGGAAGGGAUGGUAUAAAAAACACUCUAGACAGUCUCUGCAAACAAGAUUAUGGAUAUGACUAUAAGUUGAUUGUGGUGAUAUGCGACGGAGAAAUAACUGGGUCUGGAAACGAUUUGAGUACUCCCGAUAUAGUUUUAGGGCUGUGUGAUGUAAAUAGAAAUGCAGAGCCCAAAGGUUACAUAUCUCUUACGGACGGAGCCAAGCGCUACAACCGAGCCAAGGUAUAUGGAGGAUACUACCAUGUAAGUGAAGAAAAAAAGAGAAAACAAUACAGAUGUUGGCCUUGCUUUGGAAGACAGGAAGAUUCUACGGAGGUCAAGAACUAUAAGACAAGGAUCCUCAUAAUCAAUAAAUGUGGAAAUCCCGAAGAAACAUUUAAGGCUGGGAACAGAGGAAAAAGAGACAGUCAGGUGAUUCUGAUGUCCUUCUUUUCAAAAUUAAUUUAUGGAGACAGGAUGACGGAGCUAGAUUUUGAAAUUUACCAGAAGAUGAAGUUUUUGAUGCCGCAUAUGCAGCCGGAAGACUUUGAAUGUAUACUGAUGGUUGAUGCAGAUACAAUAGUUAAACCGGAUGCUUUGUCUAUUAUGGUGAAUGUUUUUGAAACUGAUCAAAAGGUUAUUGGAAUAUGCGGGGAGACCAUGAUUUUGAACAAAUUCGAGAGCUGGGUUACCAUGAUACAGGUUUUUGAAUAUUACAUCAGUCACCACCUUAAUAAGGCUUUUGAGUCUGUAUUUGGUGGUGUUACAUGCCUUCCUGGAUGCUUUUGCAUGUAUAGAAUUAAGAUUGUUACAAACCAGCAAGGGAGAUUGCUUUCUGGGCCGUCUAAGUCUCAAACGAACGCCCCAAGGCUGAACAAUGUGAAGUCUAUUCUGAAUUCGUCCUUAGAAAAGAGUUUUUGCCUUCCGAUUCUUGCAAAUCCAGCAAUCAUAAAUGCUUAUUCUGUUCUUGAAGCAAAGACCUUGCAUCAAAAAAAUCUUUUGCACCUGGGAGAAGAUAGGUAUUUAACGACUCUGUUGCUGAAAAACUUUUAUAGAAGAAAACUUGUGUUUAUUCCUGCAGCCAAAUGCGAAACGUAUGUCCCUGGGGAGUUUAGUGUCCUUCUCAGCCAAAGGAGAAGAUGGAUUAACUCAACUAUACAUAAUCUAUUUGAGCUUGUCCAGGUUAACAAUCUUUGUGGGGCCUUUUGCUUUUCGAUGCAACUUGUUGUGGUGAUGGAGCUAUUUGGAACAUUAGUACUCCCGGCAGCGAUAAUUUUCACGUUUAUCAUGAUUACUGUAUCCAUCCUGAUAGAGCCAGCCUGGGUUCCUUUGAUCAUGUUAGUUGGAAUUUUCGGCUUACCUGCCUUAUUGAUACUGAUCACAACGAUGGAGAUACAGUACAUAUUCUGGUGUUUUGUUUAUGUGCUGUCUAUUCCUAUCUGGAAUUUUGUUCUGCCCACAUAUGCCUUCUGGCACUUUGACAAUUUCACUUGGGGAGACACUAGGAAGGUUGAUGGUGAGGGAAAAGAAGACAACCUUGGUAUGUUUGAUCAUACCAAAAUCAAAAUGCGAGAACUAGAAGAGUUUCUUAACGAGAUAAAUAAGUGA